AUGUGUGUUAAAGAUAACAAUGAUUUAAUUGAAAUAGUAGACCCAAUAUUGGGUGAUAAUAAUGGACAAGAGGUUAUUUUGGACAUUACACAAUCCAAGUUCGUACCUUCUUUGGACCUUCUGGGAUACCAAAAACUUAGUUCUAAAUAA